GGGCGGCGGUUGGGGCGUCCGUUGCCGCCUGGGCUGCCCCGAUGCGGGCCUGGCCCGGGCUGCGGCGGGCCGCGUCCUCCGGGCGGGGGGCACCCCCGGGCGGGGGGCCGCGGCAGCGGGCGUGGGGGGCGUCGCUGUCGCCGCUGGAGCGGGUGAGGCGGCUGCUGCCGCUGGAGGAAGCGGCGGCGCUGGAGCGGUACGCGGCGGCGGCCCCCGAGCGGGAGGAAGCGGCCGUCCCUCAGGUGCCGCCCGGGGAGGCGGGAGCGCGGCCGGGGCCCUUUCGCGCUGGGGAGCUGGCCCUGGCGGAGAUGCGGAGGAAGCACGAGAGGACGCUGAAGCGGUUGUGCCGGCUGGAGGCGGGCUCGGCGCUGAGCGGCCCCGGCGGCGUGCUGCUUCACAGCGACAUCAUCGGGCGGCUGCCCGGGGAGAUGCUGCGCACGUCGGCCGGGGCGCGGCUGCUGCUGAGGCGGCCCUCGCUGGAGGAGUACGUGCUGCUGAUGCCUCGGGGGCCCACCAUCGCCUACCCUAAGGAUGUGAGUGCUCUGUUAAUGAUGAUGGAUAUCCAUCCGGGAGAUACCAUUUUGGAAACUGGCAGCGGGACUGGUGCUAUGAGCUUGUUUCUGUCGAGGGCAGUUGGGCCCAAAGGACGUGUUAUAAGUUAUGAAAUCAGAGACGAUCAUCAUAAUUUAGCUAAGAAAAAUUACAGGCACUGGCGUGCUGCAUGGGAAAUAGGACAUAUGGAAGAGUGGCCAGAUAACGUGGAUUUCAUUCUUAAAGACAUUUCAAAAGCUGCUGAGGAUAUGAAAUCUUUAACAUGUGACGCAAUAGUUCUGGAUAUGCUUAGCCCACAGUCUGCUCUGCCUGUUGUACACACAAGUCUGAAACAGGGGGGUGUCUGUGCUGUGUAUUUAGCAAACAUCACACAGGUUAUUGGCCUUUUAGACAGAAUACGGACCUGCAGGCUCCCUUUUUUGUGUGAAAAGAUCAUUGAGGUAACUCAUAGAAAUUGGUUGGUACUCCCUGCUAAAAUUAAGAAUUGCAAAUCAAACGAAAUGGUGGAGACUGAAGAAAAUACUGAAGAACCACUUCAAAAGGAAUACAAAGAAAGCCACAUUGAGGAUCAAGUAGUUCUCAGAGAAUACAAUGAAUCACUUUCUAAUGAUCCUGAAACAUACUGCUCGGUGCCUUACGUUGCUAGACCAUCUUACUGGCAGGAGGCUCAUUCAGCAUUCCUUACCAAGCUGAGAAAGUUUCGACCGCUUCUUUCUUGAGGCUGCUGAGAUGUUAGCUGCUAAUUUAAGCAUUGUAUCAGAAUAAAAUAAAAUGUUACAAAGUA